CUACGUUUAUUUGGGUCCCGCUUUGAGAGGACCGUAACCUCAAAUUAGCUUCAUUGGCAACGUAUUCGGCUAAUGCAUGUUUUGAUUUUUAUUUUAACCAAAAAUUUAGUGUCUUAAAUUUGAAUCCUACGUUUUCAUUUAGCUGGUGAAGACGGGCGUUGCAGCCAGCAGCGAUGGCGAGCCGCCUCUCUUUUCACUCACAGCUCUCCUCCAUCCUGGAGACGAUGGCCAGGUCUGCCCUGAGUCAGGUCUGCAAACUGGUGGAUGAUGACUCGGCUGAGCUCCGGCUCGAGUUGUCCCGGCUUUUGUUAGCCAAUUCAGCCCUGGCAGAAAAAAUUAACAGCCUGGAGUGCGAGCUGACCAUUGUGAGAAGCGACGCCCCCAAGUUGUGUAAAAGUUAUCGCAGCGUGGGUAUACAAACUGCCUGCGUCAGAGACGGGGAUCCUCAUGUGUCUGGGUCUCCCACCAUAGAGGGGAUCUUUGGAAAAGACUGGUGUAUGAAUCUGUGGAAAGACAGAGACCCAUAUAGUCUGGAGAGAAUCACAGACUCACCUCAGUCCGCUGAUAAGUCUGUGGCAACGCAGUCUGAGCAAAUUACUGUGACUGAGAUCAAAGAGGAGGAUUAUGUGGAGGACGGUGCCAGCAGCUGCCAGCAGGAAACACUCAGUACAGAAGAACAUGAAGAAAGUGCAGCCAAAGAACCAGAACAGCUGUCAGUCGGUUACUCGGCUGAUGGCAGCACUUGCAGCCUGUCAUUCGAUCAGGAAAGAGAACAGGCUGUUUCUGCAGAUGCUAUUGAAGAACCAUCUGUGCAGCUGGUAUCCAUCAAUGACACAGAGGCAGAGGAGGCCUUCAGCACUCACAUCAUUCCAAUCGAAGAGGAUGAGGAAGAGGGGGAGGAUGAUGAUGAUGAUGAUGAUGAUGAUGUGCAGUUUGUUCAAGAAAGUCGGCAGGAGCCAGCUACGAAUGCUGCGGUUGGGCCCAGCCCCAACAAACAGCAAACAUUACCCACAGACAACAGUGAAACCAGCAGUGCUCUGGAUAAAGAUUUACAUGAUAACUUAAUUGUGCUUAAUGUAGAAACUGCCAGAGAUCUAAACAAAGAAAAAUUCCCAUGCCAAAUAUGUAGCAGGACAUUUUACCACAAGGGCACUCUAACACACCACAUGAGGUCACACAAGUCCAACUUCUGUAACAUUUGUAAGCAGCAUUUCCCUCAUAAGAACAAGUUAAACUCUCACACCUGCGUGGCUCCAGUUCCUUCUCAGAGAGUCAGUAAGUCCUGUGAGCUGUGCGGGAAGACCUUUGCAAACCCAUCGGCUCUGAGGAUUCACUACGUGGUCCACACAGGAGAGAAACCCUACAGGUGCAGCUUGUGUGGCAAAGGGUUCACCCAGAAAGGCAAUCUGAAAUGUCACCUACGCAUCCAUACCGGAGAGAGACCGUUCCGCUGUGUUAAAUGUGGAAAGACCUUCACGCAAAAGGUCAACCUCAACCAUCAUUUAAUGGCUCACAGAAAUCGUGAGGGAGAAAAACGCACAGCUAGAAGACAUCUUAAAAACCUAAUGGCUGAAACCUGUCAGUGAGCGAUUGUGGUGCAAGAUCAGUAGCUUUACUUAUCUGAAUGCGUCAUGUAGUAAUGCUCACGAUGAUGUAAGGGUAGUUAAUGUCAUGUUUGUAAUGACUUGCAGUCUGUAGUAGCACUUAGAAAAUCAGGAGUGUGGAGCAAAAUGUCCUGUUUUUUUUGUCAAUUGUGUUUUAAUUCAAGCAUUUACCAGUUCAGUGUCUUAGUUGUCGUUUGUCUUUACAAUAAAAAAAACAGUCAUGGAUGUUCA